UCCUCACGCUUCGGCUCCAUUUCGCUUCCGGAGUUGGACAUCUCUCUGCUGUUAUUAUUCUCUGUGCCGUUCCUGCCUUGUGAUUUCUGUUCCUGGACCUUCGCCCGAUCGACCGUGAUCUGCAAGUUUCGUUUCGCUCAGGAGACUAUCGAGGCGACUGCACGACGACGGUCGAGGUUAGGGUUUCGGCGCGGAGGGCGUUUUACGGGUUGUUGGAGCGGGAUCUUGAGGAGUACAGGUUUUUCUCGGCUACAGGCAUCAUGACGAGCGCGUUGGACAUGUCGUUGGAUGACCUGAUUAAGACCAACAAGAGUUCCACCCGCGGUAGGAGGGGCGGUGGUCGGGGCGCAGGUUCUGCGUCUCGGCGAGGAGGAGCUACUGCUGCCGCCGGUGCUGCCGUAGGCUACCCCGGAGGCAAAACCUCAGGGCCAGCCCGCAGACAAGUGGGCCGGGCAGUCGCCCGGCCAACGCCUUACGCGAGCGCAAAGUUAAUGCGCCGCGUCCCGGAUUAUGCUUUCCAGUACGCGGACAACUUUCUACCGGCAGGUGGUAGGGGAAUGGGUAAAGGAAUUGAGACUGGGACCAAAUUGUACAUCUCCAACCUUGAUUAUGGAGUCUCGAACGAUGACAUUAAGGAAUUGUUUUCGGAAGUUGGUGAUUUGAAGAGAUGCUCUAUUAACUACGAUCGAAGCGGUCGUUCUAAGGGAACAGCGGAGGUAGUAUUCAUAAGGAAACCCGAUGCUCUCAGUGCAAUGAAGAGAUAUAAUAAUGUCCAGCUGGAUGGAAAGCCAAUGAAGAUUGAGAUAAUUGGCACAAAUUUACGCCCUGCGCGAUUCAAUGGAGGCUUAACAGUAUUUGCUGGUCGUGGACGCGCUGUUGCUUCACCAUUUGUGCCUUUCGUGCGGGGUCCAGGUUCAUUCCGAGGUAGAGGCGCAUUCAGGGGACGCGGUGUAGGCAGAGGUGCAGGCAGAGGUGUAGGGAGAAGCGGAGGCAGAGGCGGAGGUAGAAGUGGGGCCCCUGCUGUAGAGAAGUCCGUGGAAGAUCUGGACAAAGAAUUAGAAGCAUAUCAUACAGAAGCUAUGCAGACCAAUUAAUGUAAUCAAAUUCAGGACCAGGCUACGCUUCUUCCUGGUUUGACCUGCUUUUUGCUGGUCCUUGAAAUCUGGCAACUUUUUCAGUUUAGAUCUCAGUAGCAAAUUUUAGGGUGUUGUUCUUGAGCUCAGCAAAUACAUCAUGAUGACUCCAGUGUAGCUAGUCAAACGAAUUGUAGUGUCAUUUCAUGCUUGCCCUUAGUUUUGCUUCUAGUGUAUCAUGAACAAUAUGCCGUUAUUGGCUUAUAGAGAUGAUACAGCUUCCUGGGAUGUAGAGAUAGUGGUUUUCAUGCUUUUUAUAACUGAAACUCUAGGUCUGUUCUCUUGUGAUAACCUGAAUGCCACAAUGGAAUGUAAAAAUUUCUUGUCAUA